GCCUUCACUCUUUCCGUAUUGCGCUCGUGUUUUCUUCACACAGGCUGAGGCUGCUGCAGAAAUCGUUGCGCGUCUUCAGCUGAUCGUGUCGCGUCGUGAAACAUGGCGACGCGCGACUUCUACUUCAACACGGUUCUGUCGCUCGCGCGUUCUCUGGCAGCGCACCGGCCAGCGCCCGCAGAGAAGGUGCAGAAGUUAUUAUGCAUGUGUCCAUGCGACAGCCGCGGCGUCUUCACUCUGGAUGUCCGCCGCAGGGAUGCUGUGAUUGCAUUGGCUGUAUUUCUGGUCGAGUCUGAUUUACAGCACAAAGACACUGUGGUAAGUUACCUGUUGAGUCUGCUGAAGGGAUUACCCAGAGUGCAAUGGGUGGAGGAGAAUGCUGGGAGGAAGUGUAAAGUAUUUUGUAUCCUCACAGAGACUCUCCCAAUGGCGGAAAACUUCAGCUUCUGUCUGGUGACCCUCCUGUCUGACGUCGCUCAGAGAGACCCCGAGUCUCGCUCACAGAUUCUGGAAGCUGUGAUGGAAGUGAUGCAGUCUCUGCUGGAGAUCUGCCAGACACCUGAGAACCAUGAUAAAGUGUACCUGUGCAGGUAUGCUGUCCCGUGUCUUCUGGGCGUGGCCCGAGCAUUCGGUCGCUAUGGUAACGGCGGUGAACCCCUCCUCUCUCAGCUGUUCCCUCGAGGAGCACCGCCGCUGGUUCAGCGCGUGUCUGUGGAGACCGAGGGCAUUCGGAGGAGAUCCUUCAAUGACUUCCGCUCCAUUCUGCCCAGUUCACUGCUCACGGUCUGCCAGGGAGACACGCUGAGACGCAAGAGCGGCAUCGCCAACCCUGACGCACAGGUGAGUCCGGACAGAGGAGGACCGUCGCCCUGCUCUCCCACAGCUCCAGGACCACAGUAUUUUGAAGGUUCGUAUCUGGCGGAUGGCGGUGUGGUGAAUCCAGAUUAUUACUUCACGACGGUCAGCUCCAGUUUCUCCAUCUCUCCUCUCUGCACUGGAGACAGCGGACAAGAAAUAAACGUCCCUUUAGAGCUGCUGAGACGCCUCUUACAGAUGGUGAAGGAUUUUGUCUCAGAUUCAUUCCUCAAGACUCUGGACGCUGUCGUGUCUGAGGUUACAGAGGCAAAUCCAGGCAUGGAUCUGUUCUACAAAGCCUUCAGCGACCCGCUGUACGUCAGCAUGUUCAAGAUGCUGCGAGACACGCUCUAUUACAUGAAAGAUGUGCAGACGAGCUUCGUUAAGGAGGUUAAUGAGUUCGUUCUGGAGCAGUUCAGCAGCAGCCAAUCAGAGAUCCAGAGGGUUCUCCGUGAGGAACGGUUGCCAGGGGAACCCAGUCCUCUCAAGCUCCGUUGUCAUGCCAACGCAGCCUGUGUGGACCUCAUGGUGUGGGCCGUCAAAGAUGAGCAAGGAGCUGAGAAUCUGUGCACUAAACUGUCAGAGAAACUUCAGUCCAAAACCUCCAGUAAAGUGAUCAUCGCUCACAUGCCACUGCUCAUCUGCUGCUUACAGGGUUUAGGGCGUCUGUGCGAGCGUUUCCCCGUCAUCGCUCACUCCGCCACCACGUCUCUGAAGGAUUUCCUGUUGAUUCCGUCAGCUGUUCUGAUCAAACUCUACAAGUAUCACAGUCAGUACAGCUCAGGAGGCGGCGGCAUCAAAAUCAAUGUGACCAAUGAACACUCUCAGCCCACACUCAACCUGCUGUCCAACAGGAAAGACCAGCCGUCGAUGUACGAGCAGCUCCGAGACAUUUCCAUCGACAACAUCUGCAGAUGUCUGAAAGCUGGGCUCACGAUGGAUCCUGUAAUAGUGGAGGCGUUUUUAGCCAGCCUGUCAAACCGGCUCUACAUCUCCCAAGAAAAUGACAAAGAGGCUCAUCUCAUCCCGGAUCACACCAUCCGCGCACUCGGACACAUCGCUGUGGCCAUGAGAGACUGUCCUAGAGUCAUGGAGCCCAUCCUGCAGAUCCUGCAGCAGAAGUUCUGCCAGCCGCCCUCGCAGCUAGACGUGCUGAUUAUAGACCAGCUGGGCUGCAUGGUCAUCACCGGCAACCAAUACAUCUAUCAGGAGGUCUGGAACCUGUUCCAGCAGAUCAGUGUGAAAGCCAGUAAUGUGGUGUAUUCAGCCACCAAAGACUACAAAGACCACGGAUACAGGCACUGCUCUCUAGCUGUGAUAAACGCUCUGGCUAAUAUCGCAGCUAACCUGCAGGGGGAGCAGCUGGUGGACGAGCUGCUGGUCAAUCUGCUGGAGCUGUUCGUUCAGCUCGGCCUGGAGGGCAAAAGAGCCAGCGAACGCGCCAGUGAUAAAGGACCGGCCCUCAAAGCAUCCAGCAGUGCUGGUAAUCUAGGCGUUCUCAUCCCUGUAAUUGCUGUGUUGACCCGCCGAUUGCCCCCCAUUAAAGAGGCCAAACCUCGCCUUCAGAAGCUGUUCAGAGAUUUCUGCCUCUAUUCUGUGGUCAUGGGGUUUGCUGUGGAAGGUUCUGGUCUGUGGCCUGAGGAAUGGUACGAGGGAGUGUGUGAAAUCGCCACUAAAUCUCCGCUGCUCACGUUCCCCAGUGGAGAACCACUGCGUUCAGAACUCCAGUACAACUCGGCUCUGAAAAACGACACGGUUACUCCGGCGGAGUUAAGUGAACUGCGCUGCACCAUCAUUAAUUUGUUGGAUCCGUCACCCGAAGCCGCUGCCCUCAUCAAUAAACUCGACUUCGCCAUGUGCACUUACCUGCUGUCUGUGUACCGGCUGGAGUAUAUGAGGAUGCUGCACUCGAAUGAUGCCGACCGCUUCCAGGUGAUGUUCAGAUACUUUGAGGACAAGGCCAUCCAGAAAGACAAAUCAGGCAUGAUGCAGUGUGUGAUUUGUGUGGGUGAUAAAGUCUUUGAGGUUUUCCUGCAGAUGAUGGCAGAGAAACCCAAGACUAAAGAGCACGAGGAGGAGCUGGAGCGCCACGCUCAGUUCCUAUUGGUCAACUUUAACCACACCCACAAGAGGAUCCGCAGGGUGGCAGAUAAAUACCUCUCAGGACUCGCCGAAACGUUUCCUCAUCUUCUGUGGAGUGGAAGGGUUUUGAAGACCAUGUUGGACAUCCUGCAGACUCUGUCUCUGUCUCUGAGCGCCGACAUCCACAAAGACCAGCCAUACUACGACAUUCCCGACACUCCGUACAGAAUAACUGUCCCAGACACGCAUGAGGCGCGAGAGAGCAUCGUGAAGGACUUUGCCGCCCGCUGUGGCGAGAUCUUGAAAGAGGCCAUGAAAUGGGCCGCUUCGGUUACCAAAUCUCAUCUCCAGGAGUAUCUGAACAAGCAUCAGAUCUGGCUGUCGGGUUUGUCUCAGCACACGGGUUUGGCGAUGGCUACCGAGAGCAUUCUCAGCUUCGCGGGAUACAACCGUCAAAGCACAACGCUGGGGAUGGUUACUGAGAUGGUAACUGAGGUUUUUGGCCAGAUUAAGGUAAGACGGUAGCGAGUCUUUAGCUGAUCAGAAUAAAAUCAUCAAUCGUUUUGUAAGAAGUCUUUAGGAAAACUACUGAUUUAUUCCAUAUGCCCAAUCAAAUCCACUAAAUUCACUAAAU